UCUACACCAACUUAAAUGGGUAAUGGUCUCAUGCAGAUGAAUGCAGCUGCAACAACACAACAAAUGUUGGAUCUGUUCGACAUAACAGGAAUUGUACAUUUUGGGAUAGCCGGCAAUUUGAACAAUUCCAUGUCAAUCGGAGAUGUCACCAUCCCAAAACAAUUUGCCCACACUGGCAUUUGGGAUUGGCUGAAACUGAAUGGAACAUUGGGAACUAAUGAUGUUGCUGACUUAAAAAUUGGAAGCUACAAUGUACCUAAAAUGCAAGGGAUUAAUCUGUUGGGACAAAUUGGAUAUAGCUACGAGGAAUUCUUCUCCGAGUCAGGGAAGCCUGAUACUGCUCAACCUUUGCUUUGGUUGCAGAUAACCCGGAAAUGGCUUCAGUUUGCUACUAGUUUGGAGGCAAGACAUCCCUACCAAUUAUUAUUUUAAUUUUUUAGAUCGUUUUAUUUCUAUAUUUCUUCUUUCUUCUUAAUUGGAUUUUCUUUGCGAUUUUAGUACUUUUUGAAGGUGGCGGGUUGAAUAGAAAACCCUUCUUAAUGAGUAAGGAUGAAAUAAUGAAGUGCAAUUUUU